CAGCGGCAAAAGGUUUUUUUAAAAAAAGACACCAAACAUUAUAAGUACAGCAACUCUCCUUCUCCCUUCACUGCCUGCCUUACAGGGAGAUUUUACCUCUCUUAAGAAGAAGAGCUGCCAACCAAGCUGGUAGCAACCACCCUGAGCCAAGGGCGACUGGUGCCUGUGGCAACUUGUCCCAUUCCGCCCAUUGAGGGCCCAGUGAGCCUGGAACAGGCAGAUGGGGUCUUGGGGUCAUUAGCAGAGAGAGGUUGGCAUCUUCCAUGCUGCUUGUGAAACCUCAGGGGAUCUUUCCUGAGACCCCAAUCUGCACACCUUCUUCUGAACAGCUCUCCCUUCAGAAGAACCUGAAAGCGAAGGAUGACACUGCCCAGGCUUUGUCCCUGCUGGAUGGUCCAAGGGUUUUGUGGUGGUGGGUCAUGGUGUGAUUUUGCCCAAAGAAAUGGUUUGCACAAUGGACAUAUUUAAACACCAUGUCUGCUUGUCACAUUCUGCUCCAAUUGCUGUAUUUCAAAGUCUAAAUUAGCCUUCUCCAGCCUGGCACUCCAUGCGCUGGAUGUGUUGGUGUGCCACGUGUUGGUGUGCUUGUGUGUGCAUGUGCAUGUGCACACUCUGAGAUUGUACUUUUCCAGCUUUUGGUGGAUGUCAAGUUGGAGAAGCCCUUCCCAUGAGGUAGACAUGAAGGGAGCAAUUGGGCUGCUGGGGCCAGAUUGCCUUUUAAAGGCUUGGAUUAUAUGCUCCGCUCUUCCGGAGAGCAAAGCCUAACGAGAUUAGGUACCGAUGCCGCUGAAGCUAAGCCUCUUUCGGGCACCUCGGCUUGAAGCUGCUCUAGAGAAGCGGCAGGCGGGCCGGAGAUGAGCCCUUGGGCGCGGCAGGCAGGGCAACCGGGGGCCCUCCCUUUCGGGUCAACACGCGAGAGGCGAGCCGGUUCACAGGCUGGCCGGGUCAGCUGACUGGGAUUCAGCGCCUUCGGCCGAGCACACGAGCGCUGCGCGGGCCGCAGCUGGGGGCGGACCACUGCAGGCCAAUCGCGGCCAGAGGGCGCUGACCGGCGGGGCCUGAAGUCGGGCCCAAGGGAAAAGGAAGUGCCCGGGCGGGACAGAGGUCAGGCGGGACUGCGAGCAGUCCGCCGCUUUUGUCCCCCUCGCCCUUCCCAGCCUCCUCCUGCUACUCUGGAGGAUUCCUUGACUGGUGCAAACUCUUUCAAGAGCUUCUGAACUGACCUUCCUGCGAACCCCAGAAAGGCCCCGUGGAAGGCAGAAGAGCGGGCUAUGCGGUCUGCGCAGCUGGACGAAGCCAACCGAGAGGCGGAGUUCAGCGAAGCCAUCAGCCGGCUCACGCGGGUCCCCAGCCGGCUGAAGGUGGCAGUCGACGAGGACUUUCUCCUCUUUUUCCAGAUGCAGGUCCCUGGAAAGCUUUUUCCGGCAGAGUUGGGCACUCGUAGCCAGAUCCUGGUUUCCGUGCACUUUCCAUCCCAUCUCCAGACUUGCAGUCCGACUGAAAGAGAUCCAGAAAUGAAGCCUCUCUGUUUCCAGCCUUCUGGGGCACAGCAGCAGCCUCGUCCAUUUGCUGAUCGACCUUUCCUGGAACCAGCCAUCCAUAAAGCAGACUAUGGCCAGCACAAGUUGCUCAGCUUUGCCUCCCAGCUUGGACCCCAGAAGAAUAAGCAACUGGCAUUUGCGGAUACAAUCUGGGAAGAGGGAAUGUCCGACGAGCCCCCUCAGGUGACCGUGGAGAGGAUCAGGCAGAGGCAGAGCAGACUGGAGUCAGGCCUUCUGCACCCGUGUCCCAGCUGCCCAGCUUUCUUUGGGGAAGGCAGGAUCUACUCCUCCAGGAACGUCCUCCAAGUGCUGCACUUCCUGGGGCGCCAGCUGUUCCAGCUGCUGUGGGGGCCCAGGCGGGUUCAAAUCAGUGCCUGGGGGGUAAACUUGGUCUCAGAUGGAUCCCUGGAGGAGUUUGGCACCCUGGAGAUUAGGACGAUGAUGGAGCAGCUGUCUGACCUUUCUUGGCAAUUGUGUGCACUGGAAGAACAAAGUGGGAGUUGGCACCAGAAGGAGCUGUUCCUUUACGCCAUGUUGGUCUCUGCCUGGCUCUUUAACAUGUGGAUGUGGCUCAGGAGAUGACUUGCCCACGACAGCCACAAGAGGAAAAUCAUGUGCUGCAGCAAGAUUGUUGUAUGCACAAAGAUGGAAAGAUUCAGCACUGCCCAUCACGGAAGAAUGGCUGGUGAAGAUGACGGAACUAGCUGCCAUG